AUGCGAUGUUUACAGCCCUGUGUAGGAAUGCCCACAACAAGCCCAGGCAUUUAUCUCGCGCCACCAUCCUCGAUUGUCUCUUUCUUCUUCGACCUCACUCACUCGAUCCUUCUCUAUAACGCUCUCUCUAUCAACCCCCUCAACCCAGAAACCCAGACAAUCAAGAUGAAGUUCACAACCGCCAUCACCGCGCUCACCCUCUUCGCCGCCGCCAGCGCGUUCCCCAACCGCGGCGACGCCCAAAAGGACAUCAAGUUCCCCGUGCCCGACGGCAUGACCGUCAAGGAAGGUAGCUCCAAGUGCGGCGACCAGGCCCAGCUCUCCUGCUGCAACAAGGCCAAGUACGGCGCCGACACCACCGUCGUCGCUGAUGGCCUUGCCGCUGGUUUGCUGAGCAACUUGCUCGGCGCGGGCUCUGCUGCGGAGGGGCUUGGUGCUUUUACCGAGUGCUCGAAGCUUGAUCUUUCGCUCCUAAUUGGCGUCGAGGACAUCCUCAACCAGCAGUGCAAGCAGAAUAUUGCCUGCUGCGCCAACAGCCCCGGAAGUGCCGACGGGGAUCUUAUUGGUGCUACGCUGCCCUGCAUUGCUCUUGGAUCUGUUCUCUAG